AAAGCUUUAUUUAAACACACGAACGCAAGGCGUUCGUCGCACGGCACUCUCUUCUCACAAAAGCAUAGGAGGAGGUCCCAUCCCUCCCUUCCUCUUCCUCUACCUCUAGUCAACCUACCAAACCUCUUUCCUCUCACUGCUAUCACUAGCAACAUGUCGGCCAAGGACUGCGGCAGCCACGGGCAAAAGCGGCGAAGGUUCUUCAGGCGGCUGUGCGCUGCAAUACUUGUCCUCGCCUUCAUCGUUCUGGUGGUGGUGCUCCUUGUCUGGGCCAUCCUCCAACCCAACAAGCCCAGGUUCAUCCUCCAAGACGCCACCGUCUACGCCUUCAACCUCUCCACACCGAACCUCCUCACCUCCAACUUCCAGGUGACCCUCUCCGCCCGAAACCCCAACGACAAGAUCGGCAUCUACUACGACAGGCUCGACGUCUACGCCUCCUAUCACAGCCAGCAGAUCACCCUCCGCACCGCCAUCCCCCCCACCUACCAGGGCCACAAGGAGAUCAACGUCUGGUCCCCCUUCAUCUACGGCAACGAAGUGCCCGUCGCCCCCUACAACUCAGUCGCGCUCGGCCAGGACCAGGCCAGUGGGGCCGUGCAGCUCACGAUCAGGAUCGACGGACGGGUCAGAUGGAAAGUCGGGACCUUUAUCUCCGGCCGAUACCAUCUCUACGUGAGGUGUCCCGCGUACAUAACCUUUGGCACCAGGACCACCGGUGUUAUAGUCGGCAAUAACGCCAUUAAGUACCAGCUGGUGACGAGUUGCAGUGUUAACGUAUGAACAUGGUUCCGCCCGGGCCCGGCCGUUGAGUAUCGUUGAUCUCUCUCUCUCUCUCAGUCUCUGCCGUUAGUUUCGUGCUUAUUUUUCCACUUUUUUUUUUUUUUAAACUUUUUAAUUCUGUGUUUAAUUCUAUCUCUGUCUUCUUUCGGUAUACGUCGGAUUAAGUGCCUGAAUUGUACAUUUUGCUAAAGAAUAAGCUGAGAAAAUGAGAAUAAAAAAAAAAAAAAAAAUUAUAUAUAUAUGAGACAAAUAGCAAAAUUACAAUCGGUGACAAGUUGUAUUCAUUAUAUAAAUGUGAAGUGUCUUUAAUAGAUAUGAAAUGAGCGUCUCUUCGGCGGUUGUGCUGUCA